UUUGAAGGCGGUGGACCGGAUGUGGUGCUGAGUUCGCGGCAGAUGUCUCAGAUUUUCCUGCUCGGGCUUCAUUUCCUCCCGCCACCGUCAGCAGGAGAGUCUCAUCCCAGCCCAAGUACAACGCACCAUGGCAGAGCUGGAGCCUACAGAGGAGCAGCUGGCAGCGAUCGCAGCUGCCAACGACGAGGCCGAGGCCGCGGCCAACUACAAACCCCCCGCCCAGAAGACCCUGCAGGAGAUCCAGGAGCUGGACAAAGAUGACGAGAGCCUGCGCAAGUACAAGGAGGCGCUGCUGGGGAAAAGCGGUGUGGUUAAAGAUCCCAAUGCCCCAAACAUCCAGGUGACACGAAUGACUCUGGUCUGUAGCACUGCACCAAACCCCCUGGUCCUCGAUCUACAGGGAGACUUGGACAACUUCAGGAAGAACCCGUUUGUGCUGAAGGAGGGAGUCGAAUACAGAAUAAAGAUCAACUUCAAGGUCAACAAGGAGAUCGUGUCCGGCCUGAAGUACAAUCAGCAGUCGUUCAGGAAAGGAAUCAAAGUGGACAAGUCCGACUACAUGGUCGGCAGCUACGGGCCCCGACCGGACGAGGAGUACGAGUUCCUCACCUCCAUGGAGGAGGCGCCCAAGGGGAUGCUGGCCCGCGGCACCUACGACAUCAAGUCCAAGUUCACCGACGACGACAAACACGACCAUCUGUCCUGGGACUGGAGCCUCUCUAUCAAGAAAGAGUGGAAAGACUGAUUCCCCCGACGCCAUCCUCCAUCAACACCGUCUUCCUCUGCUUCGCCCCUCUUCCUUUUCAUUCCGUUUUCUUCCGUCUGGAUUAUUUGUUGAUUCAAGCUUUUGCUCUCUCCGUCCAUUGACACCCGCCCAACCCCCAAAACCCCCCUCCAGUUAAAUUUCUCUUUUCUAAAUUCCAAUCUCUCCAUCAUCCCCCCCCCCCCCAGUGUAACGCUUCAUGGGUCUUUUGCAACCACCCUUUGUUAAGUAUUAAAUCUUUCAAAAUGGAGAAAGCAAACAACGUGUACAAUCCAGAUUUUCGCAGUUAUGGUUUCUUUUAUAAAAGGAAAAAUAAGUAAAAAAAAAAAAAAUAUUUGCUACCUACUCGUGAGAAAAAUAUGAGUUCCUGCUUUCUUGUCUGUCCCCCCCCCCCCCUUUUGCUUUCUUCUCUGUUUUUCAGUUAAUUUUGUACUCUUACCGUGAUCUGCCUUGGGAAGCAUAUUACCGGGAGCAGUAGUGCUGUGUGUGCGUGACCUCUGUGCAGUCGUUGAGAAAUCGUUGCUGGACUCUUGGACGCAGUCCUCCUAAAGCCUUUGAGCAGAUUAUUUGUACCAGGGUCUUGGAAGGUUACUUAGAAUUUAGGCCUCUUUCAAACGGUUUUGCAUUUUGCAAAGUCUCUGCUGGGAGAAGGGGGGGGGGGUUCCCCUUGAGGUGCGUCUGUUCCCCUCAUGAUCAGGGUAUAGUGGCAGUUAUGUAAGCAGCCAUGUGGCCUUAACAAGAAUCCCUAGGAAGAACUAGAAAAACCUUAGAUGAGCCAUUUGCCUUCAGAAGAUAUUUGCCCGAGCAUCACGUGAGCCUGUUAUUAACAAUAAUGUACUGAUACUAAGAAAUGGGCAGGGAGACAUUUUAACGCCUUUAUUUCCAGUUUGAUGAUUUGUAAAAGCCGUCACAUUUAGAUAGAUCUCAGCUCUAUUUAUAAACUCUGAUCAUAUACAAACCUUUAUAUCAGUUAAAUUAGCUCUUCCAGGUCGUAUUAAAGGCUUCGUACCGCCCAGUCUCCUCCUCUGUAGCAUCUGAGGCCAUGUUGUCGGGGUUCCCUGAGGCGUUACCCUACUCCCCUCCUGGAUCCAUCGCAGUCAAACUGCAGAACACCUCCUCCAGUUCAACCAUUACCAAACGCUCGCUGUGCCUCCAGUCUCCUCCGACCUCAUGCUGCUCCUGCUGACCUGGCGGCACUCCACACGUGCUCCCCAUCAGCGAGGUGAGACGUCGUCCGGGAUUCGAGCUCUGACCCGAGAUCGGGAGACGUCAGUCCACGAGCGGACACCGGGCGGUGGCAGACACGUGUCCUCUCUCCUCAGUUUACACUCCAUGAGGAUGUGAGUGGUGUCUGCGACCGCAGCCUCAUUCAGCUCAUGGGUCAGGGACCGAUGCUCUUCUCUGUGGGUUGGGUCGGACUGUGUGUGCGCUGCUUGUAUUACCAACAGUCAACUGAUCUCCUGUGUUCAAAUUAAAGUGUUCAGACUGGG